GAUGCCCUAGAUGGCCCUAGCAGCAGACGAAGGACUUUGAUCGUUUCAUCUGCAUUUGGAGGAAAGCAUGAGCAGGCUACUCCUAUGCUUUCAUCUUUCUUCCCAGCCACACACCAACCACCGGGAUUUGGUCGGUCGGCGACCGCAUCGCAGGUGAAGCAACAACGUUAUUUUCUAAGAAAACCCAACUUUUCCUUUCUUCCUCAUCAUCACCUGAGGUCCUGUAAUCAUCUGCCUGGCUUCUUUUUCUUUAUUUUCCUCUUCUUCGGUUUUCACAGGUAACAGGGAUAGGCGAAUUUGGCGAGAAGGGAAUGGUAUGCAUUGACGAUUUUCAUUGGGGCUUAGGGGUCUCGCGGAGUCCUGC